GUGUCGGGUUCGAACGAGGCGUGACCCAGCUGACGAGCGCUGUGCGGAGCCGGGCAGCAGGCGCGGAGCCGGAGGGUAACGGUGGCAGCAGACGGUGGCGCACGGCGUCGGUUCGCGGUCGGCUCUGGCGCGGCGUCUCGCCCACGCCCUCGUGAGCCUGGGGAACCUGCAGCUCAAAGCCGCCACCAGCCACACCGCCAUGAACCCCGGCAACAAGCGGAAAAAGCUCUGGCGGGAGGAGAAAGAGCGUCUGCUGAAGAUGACCUUGGAAGAAAGACGCAAAGAAUACUUAAGGGAUUAUGUUGCAUUGACAACUAUUCCAACGUGGAUGGAAGACUUAAAAAGUGAAAACGCUAAAGACGACCUGCAAGGGAAGAAAAGUCUGAGCGAGAAAGUUUCUCUCUAUAGAGGUGACAUUACACUGCUCGAGGUUGAUGCCAUCGUUAAUGCUGGUAGGUGGUUGAAUAUUUUACACUGUGAUGUCUUGAGAAUCCUGCAAAGCGCCACGUUCCAAGUUUGAACUCAGAAAAGUUGCAUAAAAUUGGUAUGUUCUGUGGAAAUCUGUUGGAAACUAUGUAUUUUUUCCCAGUUUCGCUAUAUUGCUUAUGUUCAUCCUGCGUGCCAUUCACAAUAAUGCUUGUCACAGUAAACUUUAGUAGCACGGUCACCAAGAAAAAAGCAAUAAUUUUAUAUCCAUCUCUUGAAUUAACAUGAGUACCUGAGACUUCACGCUUGAUACUGU